UUGGAUGGCAAAGGUCACAACGAGAGAAGUUUGUACACGUUUGAUGACUUUCAUUCGGGAGAGCUCAGUGUGUCUCUCUACCACGAUGACUCGAAGGUGUCCCGAGAAGUGCUGGGCAAUAUCUUCAAGGGUUCCUUCCUCGGGGAAGUCAAGAUUCCCCUCUCUGAUAUUGACUUCUCUAAACCACACAAGGCAUGGUAUUGCCUGCAAGCCAAAGAACAAAAAGCCAGCGAACAAAAUCUGGGUUCUAUACGACUGCGUAUUUCCUACACAGCCGACUACGUGUUUCCUUCCAAGUAUUACGACGGACUUCGCAAUCUGAUUCUGGAGUCCUCUGACAUGAAGCCCGUGACGUCCAGCGCGGCGUUCCUGCUGGGAGAGAUCGUGGACAACCGCCAGAACGCGGCGCAGCCUCUCAUCAAACUGUUCCUGCAGCACGGCAAGCUGGUGCCCCUGAUCCACGCGCUGGCCGACUGGGAGAUGUCCAACACCAUCGACCCCAACACACUCUUCCGCGGCAACUCGCUGCUCACCAAGAUGGUGGACGAGCUGAUGAAGCUACAGGGUCUGCCGUACUUACACGACACGUUGGGCGCGGUGGUCAGCCAGAUAUGUACAGAGGGAAGACCGUGUGAGAUUGAUCCUACGAGGCUGAAGGAUGGGGAGGAUCUUGAUACCAAUUUGAGUAACCUGCAGGCCUAUGUUGCCAAUGCACUCAACGCUAUCGUGGGGUCUGGCCUGGUGUGUCCGGCCGUGAUGAGAGACGUGUUCUGUACCCUCAAGUCCCGGGCCACCAUCAGCUAUCCAGACAACUUGGAGGUUCGCUAUCAUGCCGUCACCAGCUUCAUCUUCCUGAGGUUUUUUUCCGCCGCCAUCUUGACCCCUACUCUGUUUGACCUUCAGUCCGACACACCUGAACCCAGCGUCCAGCGGUCACUCACUCUGGUGUCCAAGUCGGUGGCCGGCCUGGUCAAUCUAGUCAGCUCCAAAUCUGUGAAUGUAACGAUCAAAGAGGAGUACAUGGUUCCUUUGUGUGACAUGUUUCCUCAAGAAUUUCUUCUUUUCCUUUCAUCAGGUGAAUGUAACGAUCAAGAGGAGUACAUGGUUCCUUUGUUUGACAUGUUUCCUCAAGCUGCUCAAAACGAUAUCAAAAUGUUUUUAGACAUCAUCUCAUCAUGCUCAGGCCUGCACUUCAAGAACAUUGAAGCUCCUAUAGUGCUCAAAGAAGGGUUCAUGAUUAAAAGAGCUCAGGGAAGGAAACGGUUCGGACUGAAGAAUUUCAAAAAGAGAUUUUUCCGCCUAACCAACCAGACGCUGUCGUAUUCCAAGAACAAAGGAGAAAAACCACUGUUUGAGAUGCCUGUGACUGAUAUCUUGGCUGUGGAGAAACUGGAGGAGGAGUCCUUCAAGAUGAAAUAUAUGUUCCAAGUGGUCCAGUCCCAGCGUGCUCUGUACAUCCAAGCGGGUCAUUGUGUGGAGGAGAAGGAAUGGCUGGACCUGUUGACCAAGAUCUGCAAGAGCAACAGGAACCGCCUCAAGGUGUACCACCCAGCAGCCUACGUCAACAACCACUGGCUGUGCUGCAAGUCGACGGAGCACAGUUCUGUGGGCUGCACGCCGGUGACCGGUGGUCUCCCCUUGACCGCCAUCCAGGCGGACAUCGACUCGGAUCGGGAGGUGGAGAAGGUUCACUCGCUCUUCCUGCACGAGAUCGACAAACUGGACGCUCUGCAAGAGAUGUGCGGCAGCCAAGCGGUGUACUCCGGGGACCUGAAUGUGAAGGCGUCUGGUCUGGGUUCGAGCAUCGAGGACCCGGCGUCCUGCUUCACCACCAUCGCGGAGAUCCAGCGCUGCAUCAUCACCCUGGAGCAGGAACACGUGCAGUACAUGCGCUCCGUGCAGCGCGCCACCGUCAUUGGAUCCAUAGACACGCCAAUCGGCGACGAGAGUGGAGCGGACCUGGUGAGGAACAUGAACCGCUCGUCGGAGCGGCUAAGUCGCCACGGCAGUCGGUCGUCCAACGCCAGCAACAUCAGCCGCCGCUCUUUCCGCGACUGUCGCAGCCGCGAGGGGAGCUUCAGGGAGCGCAGUCGCUGCGGCACAGGGGAGGGCGUCCGCAAGUCUGUCAGCGGGGACGUGUCGGCGGCCAGUCGCACCCUGGGCGUGGAUUUCAGGUCGGAGGUCAAGAAGGCUGCCAGUUACGACGUGAUGACCGUCGAUGGCGAGGGGGAUGCCGAUAGCUUGUCCAACGUUAAAAGUCAGGGCCUGCGCGUGCCGGCAGAUAAAUACGUUGCCAUGGGAACUGAAGCGGACAGGGAGGCCGGGCCCCCGCCACACCUGCGUCAGCUGAGCCGCGGGUUUGACGUUGUCUACAUCAACGGCGUGACCACCGACUCGAGGGACUGCGACGCUCAUCCUCCGGCCUUGAACGGUGGCCACACGCCGGCGGCUGAGUCGACUGGCAAUGGAGAAGUCGGCCAUAGCAGAACAACUGACUCCUCUUCUGUCUGUCCCAGCUCCUCAUUCGUCGUGCCUAUGUCAAAUAGCAGCUCAAGUGAGUCAACCCCGCCUGCGUUGAAUUGCAGUUUGAACGGUUCAACUCUACCUGCAUCGAAUAGCUCAGCCCCACCUGCGUCCAACAGCAGCUCAAAUGGUUCAGUCCCACCUGUGUCGAAUAGCUCAGCCCGACCUGCGUCCAACAGCAGCUUAAAUGGUUCAGUCCCACCUGCGUUGAAUGGCAGCUUGAAUUGCUCAACCGCACCUGCGUUGAACAGCUCGAAUGGCUCAACCCCAUCUACUUUAAUUGAUGACUCUGAAGGCUCAGCCCCACCCUUGAUUAAUAGCAGUUGCAAUAGCUCCGCCCCGCCUAUGUUUAAUCGCAGCUCUUCUUCUUCAUCUAGUCACACGCAGGGCGUGCUGGAGACUUGGCUAGAGACGCACGACGAUCUUGUCACCGCCGCCGCCACCACAGACACCUCCAACUUAACUCUGAACAAAGACAGUGACGUCACCAGCAGUAGCACCCCGACCCCGGCAGAUGCCGAUGACAAAGCCAACGGCGUUGUGGCUGCCUCUAGCCAGGACUGCCACGACAAUGGCGACUUCGACAACAACAACAAGGCGACGACAUCAACGAUGCAUCAUCUUCCUUCUGAGAACUCUCCCCAGCCCUCUGUGUCGGGCACACAAAAUGGUGACAGAGGUGAGGGAGAGAAUGGCACGAAUGUCGUUUCACACCACGACAGUUUGGUUUCAUGUAGCCCGCCGAGAAACGAGCUCUGUGGUAGCUCAGAUAAUGCGGUGAGCUCCCCUGAUGGUGACGACGGCGAUGUUGUUCACAAUGGGUUCAGCACGGACCUGUCGGUGGUGAGCGGCUAUAAGGCGUUCCCCGCUUCCCCUCAACCAGCGACGACGAGAGGUGUUGUUGUCCUUUCACAGUCGGAUGGGGCGGAAGACGCGGGCAAGUCCCCCGAUAGUCAGGAGUGUGUACAUAAAGAUCAAAUCCCCCACGAGGAGAACGCUAGCAGCAGUCCGGAUCUUGCUCUCAUUUCUUCAUCGCAGAGUAGCCAGUCCUCAGAGAGCCAUCAGAUAUUGGCGGACUCGACCGCGGUGCAGUUCAGUACCAAGUUAGCAGCUGCUGCUACUCCGCUUCCCAUUUCACCACCGGUAGGCCUUGAUGACCUUUUGACCCCACCGGCGUCUCCUGCUGGAAACGCAAUACUUACCAGUAGUUCAGGGGAAAGAACUUGUGCCGAAAGUUGUGCUAGUUCGGAUUUGGGUUCUGGAGAUGCGUCAGAUUGUGCAGACCGUGGCCCGAACGUGGCGGACAGCGUCUCGUCACGACGACCGCAGACUGCGUUGUCAUCAGCCAGUGGGGACUUGUUCAGUGCCGACGAGAACAACGACAGGAAUACAGAAAUUCCUCCUUUUCAGUUUUCUUCGCAUUUGACGUCGACGCAAGUUUCAAGUGAGGAAUUCAUUGUGUCUUCUGUUGCCAGGGGCUCACUGCCUGACCUUGAGAUUGACCUUCAGAAGGAGGCCAGUGCUGUGUCCGGCUCUCUUCCUACUUCCCCGGUGGACCCUGUAGAUAUCCGGCUAAAUAUAGCCACGGAGGGAAAUGGGGACAACGCUCCAUCACUGGAGAUUUUAUAGCGGCUCAAGGAACGUAGUGUAAAUCUGUUUAAAAUGUAAAAUGUUUAUUACACCUGUAGACAGUUCCGGGAGAUUGUCAAACAACACACUUUGAAACAUUCUCUCUUUUGCUUUACUUUAUCUUUCAUUAGGCUCCAAGUUCAUUUUAAGCUGCAUCCCGACCUUCAUUUUAGUUUUAAUUCAAGAAGAUCACACGCAGAGCAGUUUUUGCAUCCCGGCCUUCAUUUUAGUUUUAAUUCAAGAA